CAUAAAUUUUUUUGAAUUCAGAAACCCAAUUAUUAUUAAUCACCUUGAGUAGAAUGUUUUCUUUUACGUAAAACAUAACUCCUCAACUCGUUUAUUCAUUUAUUUCUUAACUUAUUUUCUUUAUUUAUUAGUCUCGCUUAUUAAUUUCGUUAAUUUGGCACCCAAAAUAACAUAUGCUAGUUUCUAAAUAGUAAUUGGAACUUGUGUAACCUUAACACUUAAAGCAAAAUAAAGUUAAGAUAUAGCAAAAAAUGUGAAAAAUUGCUAAUAUGCUUGUAGGUAUUUUAAAAAUUGAUUGAUUUGUCUAAGUAGCUAAACUAUUUAGGCUCCUAAUAUCUGUCGAAUGAUUCAUGGUAUUAUACGCCGCUUCGGUGUAACGACUGUAGUCAGAUCAAAAGUAAAAAGGCUUAGACUUAAAAUUAUAGAAAGUAACUACUGACUGGCGUCAAUAAACUAUUUUCAGAAAAUCUGAUUGCGACACAAGGCAAAUUGUCAGGCAACCCCCACUGGGAUCGCGACCGGGAACCGCUGAUAUAUAGACCCCUUAAUUUUGUGAAACAAAUGCGCAUGCGCGCGUCUUAAGCAGUCAAAACAAAUUGAUUUUAGAGCUAAACAGUAAAUAUUAAUUAGCGUUUUUUAAUAAUAUAAGAGUAAAAGGUUGAAUUUAUACAAAGUUUUUUUAAUAAUCAUUUAUAUUUAUAAAAUAAUAUGCCUGAUGUGUGUUGUGCCUAUGGAUGUACAAAUAGAAGAACAUUAGCUAAUGCUCAUUUGAGCUUUUAUCGAAUACCAGCUAAUAAAUCUGAAUUUAGUGCUAACAGAAGAGAAAAAUAGGUUGCAGCAAUUAAAAGAGAAAAAUGGAACGUAAAAAAAAUAAAUAAUGCUCGUUUGUGUAGUGCUCAUUUUACUACAGGGAAAAUAUCUGAUGAUCCCUGUCAUAUUGAUUAUGUUCCAACUGUAUUUUCUUUUAAAAAGACUCAUGGAAAACAAAUUAAAGCUUCUUUAGAACGAUAUGAGCGAUCAAAAAAAAGGCAGCAAACUCUUUCUAGUAAUGAGACUAUAUUAUCAAUUCACAAACUUGGAUCAUUUAACGAGACAGAAAUUAUUGAGUUGAUUGAAGGGGACUGUAUAAAUUGUCCUUCAGAAAACGAGAUAACCCAAAGAGCUGUUGAAAAAAGCACACAAACUGAAGUAUUUGUAACAAAAGAAAAAUAACUAGGACGAACUUUGAGAAAAAAGAUAUUUGAAAUACAAAAAUUGAAGCAAAAGUUACAAAUUUGUCAAAGACAAUUAAAGUUUACAAAAGAAAAGAUAAUUGACUAUAUUAAUAUUAAAGAAAAAGCAUUAAACUUUUAAACUGGAAUUACCAAACCAGCUUUGUUUGAAUGGGUUUUGCAAGAAGUUAAAUCUUGUGUUAAACCUAUUGUUAAAACCUAUUGUUAAUGUCCUUAGAAAACCAUUUAUUAAUUGUAUUAAUGAAGUUAAGACUUGGACAUAAAAAUAAAGAUUUAGCUUUGAGAUUUAACAUUAGUGAAGGAGUCAUAUCAAAAAUAUUUCGCCUAUGGAUAAAACAAUUAGCCAAUGUAUUGUGCAAUUUAAUUGUGUGGCCUAAACGAGCUGCUAUAAGAGAAAACUUGCCAUGUUGUUUUACAAACUUUAAAAAUUUUGUAUGUUUAAUGGACUGCACUGAAAUAUUUAUACAAAGGCCACAUAACUUAACAGCUAGGGCUCAAACCUACUCUACCUAUAAAUCACGCAAUACCAUUAAAUAUUUAAUUGGAAUAACACCAGCUGGUGCUGUAAGUUUUUUAUCAUCUGGAUGGGGUGAUCGAGCAUUAGACAAACUGAUCUCAAUUCAGCCAGGUUUUUUAAAUAAAGUUUGUUACGGAGAUUGUAUUUUAGCUGAUAGAGGAUUUUUAGUGGAAGAAGAAUUAGCAACAAGAGGAGCUUUUUUAAUAAUACAAGCAUUUACAAAAAGUAAAAAUCAAAUGGGUGUAAAAGACAUUGGUUUAUCUCGUCAAACUACUCGUGUGGGAAUCCAUAUAGAGAGGGUUAUUGGGCGUUUAAAAAAAUAUCAACUAAUAGCAUCAACUAUACCUGUAAGCCAGGUUGAUUUACUUGAUAGUAUAAUGAUUUCAGUAGCUAGACUUAUAAAUUUAAAUAAAAGUGUAGUACAGAAAUAAAAAAUGUCUAAUAAUAAAAUUUUUAUUUUCAAA